GUUUUUAAUUUCUUUUGAUUACCUCCAAAGCUAAACGAUUCGUCGUCGUUAUAUUGAUAUGGGUUCAGGUGAUUAGAAUUCGUACUGUUUCAACUCGUAUCGAGGUGGCCAGUGGAUUCCCUUACUUUGGCGAACUUUACAAGAACAUUUACAUUUACCACAAUGGCUUAAUUUCCAUUGGCAAGCAAUAUUAUCGUGUGGAACCAAAGAAGCUGGGAAACCUAAACAAGAAUUGCAUUGCUGUAUUUUGGGCCAAUACAGAUAUUAUCUCAACCACAAGCAUCACUUAUCAAGUUGUGGACCGCAGUACACCGGAAUUUAGAGAGCAACUGGACAAUACCUCCACUCUGCUUAAAAACUGCUCAGGGCUUACCGAGUUUAACGCAACAUGGAUGUUGGUGGUCACGUGGGAGAGAGUUUCACCAUACGCUCGGUUUUUCUUUUUCAACCCCUACACUGAUGAGAGAAGCUCUUAUCAGGCCGUCCUCGUCACAAAUGGAACCUCCUCGUAUAUCAUCUACAGCUACGAAGACGGUGGAAUGAACUGGAAUCGAAGGCUGCGACGAAAGUGCGCUGUUGGUUAUGCCACAAAAGACAAAAAGUACAGCUUUGAGGACGAAGACUCCUUUAGUGAAAAUAUCUUUCAGAUCGAUUCUAAAGAAUUCGAUGUAGACGGAAUUAAAACUCGUGGGACAUUCUGCAAAUCUUUAAAUGCCCCAGAUAAGCCUAUAGAGUUAACAAACGAACAAAAGUGUAUGAACUGGUAUAAUGAAGAGCCUGACCCCAAAGACUGGCUUGAAGAACUGACCGACUGCCCUGCAACCAUACGGUCUGCACGUCGCGACAACCGUUACAGGAGAAGGAGCUCAUCUGGUGCAAGAGUUCACUGCUACGAGCUUAGAUUUCCCACCACGGAGUUCGGUGCGAGUCACCAGUGUUGUUAUUUCGCUCGUAGAGGAAGAAGAGGUGGUGCUUUUGUUUCAGAGCCGCCUCAAGCUGGAAGAGCUUACAGAUAUCAUUUUCGCAACCAAGCCAUGAGGCAGAAAGGUGACAUCGAACCGUUUGAGGCUUGUUGCGGAGAAGGAGAGUCCCUAUGCAAUUUGUUUUACGAAAAGCGACCGCUGACCACCGCUGCCAGUUCCACUGAGUUUCCGCUGCCGUGCUCGUGCCGUCGAUUAGCGGGCGGCUGUCGUCGAAGACCGUGCCGACCACGCCGUCGCCGACGACCUUGGAUACUAAUUAUAUUUGUACGCUUCUGGGGAGACCCACACUUGCUUACUCUUGACGGCUUUCAGUACACCUUUAACGGCCUCGGAGAUUACGUAUUGGUUCGAACCCUGGAUGGUUCAGUUCACCUUCACGCAAGGACAAAACGGCCCGUAACGACCGAGGGGGGACUGAGUAACGCUACCGUAAUAUCGGCUCUCGCUUUCAAGACCAAAGACAGUGACAAAGGACAGAUUGCGUUUGAUGACUCUGUCCCUGGCAACCUCAGCUUUACCAUCACAGGAAUGGACGGUUCCUGUAAGAACUUCACCAUUGCUGAUUUUGGCGAGGGCAAAGAUUUCACGGGAAUGUCAAUCGAGAGAAGUACCAUCAACAAUAAUACCGCCAUCAUAUCGUUCCCGUCAGGCCUCUCUAUCGAGGUGUCCCCUGGCUUAGAGCUUCUUCAACUGGGUGUCAAGGCGCCUGGCGAUAUGAUGAACAAAACUGAGGGACUGCUUGGAAAUUUCAAUGGCGACAAGACAGAUGAGCUGAUGUAUCCCAAUGGCACAAAGAUAUCGAGUAACUCAACUGAGCAAGAGAUAUUUCACUUGGGACAACAAUGGGUUGUUCCACAUGACGAAAGACUUUUUGUAUCCUCUAACUGUACGCUGCAGAAUGUAUCGUUUGACGACAUGUUUGUUCCCGCCUUCUUGAACCUGUCUGCUGUUACGGAUGAGAUCAAAGAGAUCUGUGGGGACAACAGAGAAUGCUACUUCGAUGUGAUGCAAACUGGAAACAAAGAGCUUGCACAGGAGACCAAAGGAUUUGAAGAGGAGACCGAGGCUGCUAUAGCAGAAUUAGAAAACACUCCUCCGAAUAUUACAGGACCAGCAGAAAUCAACGUAACUGUGAAUCAGAUGACAAAAUUUUACCUCACAGUGUCCGAUGCUGACAAUGAUGACGUCACGCUGGAGGUGGAAGAAAUACCCGAGGGGGCAUCUUUCACUUUUAACGCAUCGGAAAAUGUCGGCCAUUUCUUUUGGACGCCUGUCAAUGCGUCUAACAUCACGUUAGAAUUCGUUGCCACCGAUUCCAAGAAUGACACAUCUGUUCACCCUGUUGUGAUCAACAUGUGCAGAUGCGAGAACAAUGGAACUUGCGAUUUCACGGAGUCCGUUGGAGAUGACACCGGCCCCUUUCGCAUUGUGGGAUGUAACUGCAGUGAUGAAUUCGAGGGUAACUUCUGUGAGAUGGAGGUACUUGACGCAUGCGCAGAUGAUCCUUGCGCCGAUAACGUGACUUGCAAUACCACAAGGAACCCAUUCGGGUUUAAAUGCGGGCCAUGUCCUCCGGGAUUAACCGGCAAUGGUGAAGACUGCUUUGAAUAUGACGAGUGUGCAAAUGAAAGUCUCAGCCAGUGCAACCAGACCUGUGUGAAUACGUUUGGCAGUUUUAGGUGUGAAUGCAAGCAAGGAUACACAUCACGCGAUGAAGGAAGGAUUUGCGAAGAUAUAAACGAAUGUCAAGAUGCGGGCAACCUUAACAACUGUUCGGAGAAUGCAUUCUGCACCAACUUACCUGGUUCACAUAAUUGCACGUGCAACCCUGGCUAUGAAGGUGAUCCAAUGAAAAACUGCACAGAUAUCAAUGAGUGUGAUAACGGCGUGGCACGGUGUUCUCACACUUGUCAUAACGAGCCAGGAUCCUUCAAAUGUUCCUGUCAAGCUGGUUUCAAACUUGCUGCUAAUAACCAAACUUGUUAUGAUAUAAACGAAUGCGAGGGCAGCCAUAACUGCGAACGCAUGUGUGAAAAUCGCAUUGGAUCCUACAUUUGCAAGUGUCCGCCCGGUUUUGAACUGAAUUCCGAUAACGUCACGUGCAAAGUGGCGCAAGCCAGCGCAUGUGACGCAACAAAAGGUAACUGCUCCGAUAUUUGCGUGAACAGGACGGGAGAGAUCACGUGUUUUUGCAAAACUGGUUACAAUCUUACAGCUGAUAGAAAGACUUGUGAAGAUAUCAACGAGUGCAUGAUGGGAAACCAUGGCUGUAGCGAGAAAUGUCUCAAUACUAACGGAAGUUUCGCAUGUGGCUGUCAUCCGGGAUAUGCCUUAACCGAAGCUGGAGUCUGUACUAACCAACCUGGCACAUUCCAAUGCGUCUGCCCACCUCCAACAUUUUAUUGUAAUGGCGAAUGUCGAG